AUGUCCAAUGACCUGAGACUUCUGCUCAGCGAUCCCUGCCUGGAGCUGAGGGAGUACUGGGACCAGCAGUUUGGUGGCAAUAAUGAUGAGCAGGAGAAAUUACUGAAGGAAAGCUCCACACUCUAUGUGGGGAAUCUUUCCUUUUAUACUACGGAAGAGCAAAUAUAUGAACUCUUUAGAAAAUGUGGUGAUGUCAAGAAUGUGUUUACGGACCUGGAUAAAAUUAAGAAAACGGCAUGUGGCUUCUGUUUUGUAGAAUACCAUAACAGAUUUCAGGCCCAAAAUGCCAUGUGGUGUCUAAACGGGACCCACCUAGAUGAUAGUGUUAUCCAUACAGAUUGGGAUCUAGGCUUUAGAGAGGGCAGACAGUAUGGCUGUCACCGACGUGGGGGCCAGGUAAGAGAUGAGUUUCAUGAAGAUUUUAAUACUGGUAGAGGAGGCUUUGGAGAAGCCUGUUAUAGCAGAGGAAUCCACUAGUGAAAAACCUGCAGCUCUGGCCCCUGGAAAAGUCCAUUAAAGAGUAUCGCCAGGGCAGCGCAUAACCCAUUUUGUAACAAGUUUAAGUUACCUUAUUUG